GAUCAGUAAUAAACAGAUUACAUCAACAAACCAUCAGCCCAAUGUCACUGGGAACCCUCCUGGUAAUGCAGCGUGAUUUGGCAAUACUAAGAAGUUCGGUGUACUUAGCACAGGGCACACACAAGAUAGUGACGUGCAUCUGUAAUUAUGCUCGUUUGUCACACCACUGUCUAUGUGUUAUAUAAAUGACAUCCCUUAACAGCACCGGUCUUAUCCAAUGUGGCACCCUAGGUGAGCAUCACCGCUGGCUGGCAAUUCGGCGCUGCCUCAGAAGUUGUCGCCCUAAGCGGCAGUCUAUAGGAUUAACCGGCCCUGUUUAAAUGUCUACAUUUUACAAGUUUUACUGGAUCAGUUAUUAGAAGUUGAAGCGCACGAUCUGCUCAGGGUAGGCCAUACCCAGGACGCAUGGCAGUUGGUAGAGGCGCAGCUUCACAGGCUGCGAGCAAAAUUCCCCGUGAAGGGGGGAGGUUGCCAGUUCCGCCGCAGACCGAAAGCGCAUCGCCAGGUCCCGCAUAGACGCACGCUGCUCUGCGCUGCUCCAAAUGAUCCCAGACCAGCCAGUUUCUGCAGGAUAAUCUGAGGAGGAAUGUUAAUCGCCGAUUAUUCAUAAUUAGCUCAUAGUACAGUUUUCCUUUACCAAAGGACUUUUCAAACGUUUUUAAUAUUUUAAAAUAUUACUAAAUAAGUCAUAUAGUGUCAUUUGAUAAGGAAAUGGGAAGCAAGACACUACACAGUCAGAGCUGGCAGAGCUACAACGUAAAGCAGAGUGGUGUAGAUGACAUGGUCCUGCUGUCCAAGAUCAAUGAGGAUGCCAUCAUGGAGAAUCUCAGGAAGAGAUACAUGGAUGACUACAUCUUUACAUACAUCGGACCGGUACUCAUCUCUGUAAACCCCUUCAAGCAGAUGCCCUACUUCGGGGACAGGGAGGUGGAGAUGUAUCAGGGAGCGGCUCAGUAUGAGAAUCCUCCACACAUCUACGCCGUGGCGGACAACAUGUACAGGAACAUGUUGAUAGACGGCGAAAAGCAGUGCGUCAUCAUCAGCGGUGAAAGCGGUGCUGGGAAAACGGUCGCGGCCAAGUUCAUCAUGAGCUACAUCUCCAAAGUGUCGGGUGGUGGUCCCAGGGUACAGCACAUCAAAGACAUCAUUCUGCAGUCCAACCCUCUACUGGAGGCAUUUGGCAAUGCGAAGACAGUGAGGAACAACAAUUCAAGCAGAUUCGGGAAAUACUUCGAGAUCCAGUUCAGUUCAGGGGGUGAGCCAGACGGUGGGAGAAUCUCCAACUUUCUGCUUGAAAAAUCACGGGUCGUUACAAGGAACCCCGGCGAGAGAAGCUUCCAUAUAUUUUACCAGUUAAUAGAAGGAGCCAGUGACGACCAAAGAAGGAGUCUUGCAAUCACAGGUCUCGAUUACUACAGUUACCUCAACCAGUCUGGGUCCUACAAAGUGGACGACAUUAAUGACCAAAGGGACUGCCAUGAAACAAUGCAUGCGAUGAGUGUGAUCGGCAUUCCCGAGCAGGAGCAGGCCCUGGUGCUGCAGAUCGUGGCUGGGGUGCUGCACCUUGGCAACGUUGGCUUCAGGGAGGCCAGCAACUACGCCACCGUGGAGAGAGAAGAGAUGCUUGCAUUUCCCGCCUUCCUGCUGGGCAUCGAUCAGACGCGACUGAAGGAGAAGCUCACCAGUCGGAAGAUGGACAGCAAGUGGGGGGGGCAGUCCGAGUCCAUCGACGUGACCCUCAACGUGGAGCAGGCGUGUUACACGCGUGACGCACUCGCUAAGGCCCUGUAUACCCGCCUGUUCGACUUCCUGGUGGAGUCCAUCAACAAAGCCAUGGUGAAGGAUCAGCAGGAGAUCAACAUAGGGGUGCUAGAUAUAUACGGAUUUGAAAUCUUCCAGAAAAAUGGCUUUGAGCAGUUCUGCAUCAACUUUGUGAAUGAGAAGCUGCAGCAGAUUUUCAUCGAGCUGACGCUGAAGGCCGAGCAGGACGAGUACAUGCAGGAGGGCAUCAGAUGGACGGCUAUUGAGUACUUCAACAACAAGACAGUGUGUGAUCUCAUUGAGAACAGAGUGAAUCCCCCAGGCAUCAUGAGCAUUCUGGACGACGUGUGCGCCACCAUGCAUGCGGUGGGCGAGGGGGCGGACAGCACCCUGCUGCAGAAGCUGCGCGCGCAGAUCGGCGCCCACGAGCACUUCAACACCUGGAGGCAGGGAUUCAUCGUCCACCACUACGCCGGCAAGGUGGUCUACGAGGCAGGGGGUUUCUGCGAGAGGAAUCGGGACGUCCUCUUCGCCGACCUCAUCGAGCUGAUGCAGAGCAGUGACAUCUCUUUCAUCCAGGCCUUGUUUCCAGAGAAUCUGAGUGCGGAGAAGAAAGGCCGACCGACUACUGCAGGCAGUAAAAUCAAGAAACAAGCCAAUGACUUGGUGAGCACGCUGAUGAAAUGUACACCACACUACAUUCGCUGCAUAAAGCCCAACGAGACCAAGAAGGCCAGGGACUGGGAGGCAGCCAGGGUGAAGCACCAGGUGGAGUAUCUGGGACUGAAAGAGAACAUCCGUGUGCGGAGGGCAGGCUAUGCCUACAGGAGGCCCUUCCAGAAGUUCCUGCGCAGGUAUGCUAUCCUGACCAAGGAGACCUGGCCGUCUUGGAAAGGCGAUGAGAGGCAGGGCGUGCUGCACCUGCUGACCUCCACAAACAUGGACCAGGAUCAGUUCCAGCUGGGAUGCACCAAGGUCUUCAUCAAGGCCCCCGAAUCGAUCUUCCUGCUUGAAGAGACACGGGACAGGAAGUUUGAUGGCUACGCCAGGGCCAUCCAGAAAGCCUGGAGAAAGCACAAGGCCCACCAGACCUGUGGCCAGAUGAGAGAAGAAGCCUCUGAGCUGUUCCUGAACCGUAAGGAGAGACGCAAGCACAGUGUCAACCGGAAUUUCCUGGGCGAUUACCUCGGCACAGACCAUCAGCCUGAGCUCCAACUGCUCCUGGGCAAGGGGGAGAGGAUCGACUUUGCAGACAAAGUCACCAAAUACGACCGUCGCUUCAAGGGCAUAAAGAGGGACUUAAUCUUAACCCCGAAAUAUGUGUACCUGAUUGGUCGGGAGAUGGUAAAGCAAGGACCCGAAAGGGGGUGCACAGUGAUGGUGUUAAAGCGGAAGAUUGACUUGGAGAAGAUCCUUGCUCUGUCUCUCAGCACCAUGCAGGACGAUUUCCUGAUCCUGCAUGAGCAGCAGUAUGACAGCCUGUUGGAGUGCACUUUCAAGACCGAGUUUGUGGGCCUGCUCUCACGCCAUUUCCAGGAGAGGACCCAGAAGAAGCUCCCGCUCAAGUUCAGCAACAGGCUGAACCUGAAGCUGAAGAAGGAGAGCUGGGGACCCUGGAGUGCGGGCGGCUCCCGCCAGGUGCAUUUUGUCCAGGGUCAGGGUGAGCAGGCCGUGCUGCAGGCUUCCAGCAAGAGACUGCAGGUCAGCAUCGGGCCCGGGCUGCCUAACACCGCACUGCCGACCAAGAAGAACAGCCUAACACACCAAAGCAGCCCACCAAGGGUCCCCCAGAACUACCCCACGCGGCCGGCGCCCCCGCCCCCAGUGUCCCAACAAAAUGGAGGAUCCAACGCCACCAGACAGCCCACCAAUCAGAAUUACAGCUUCCUGCACCAGUCAACCAAUCAGGGGCUAAUGUCAAGCAACAUGACCCUCCCCUUCCUGCCUCCGACCUUCAAUAUUAUGCAGCUGAAGGACAGAGGAAAUGAAGUACAGCUCAAUUUAGACUGUCUGAGGGUGCCUGAGCAGGGUGCUGCAGGCGCUCAAAGGGAGAUGCUAAGCCGGCCCACGCCAGGGGCUGGCCGACCCAAACCCACCCCCAAGCCCAAGUUACAGCUGCCACGUUGCAAGGCACUAUAUGCCUACGAUGCUCAGGACACGGAUGAGCUCAGCUUCAAUGCAGACGACAUCAUCGAGAUCAUGGAAGAAGAUGUUUCUGGAUGGUGGACAGGGAGACUGCGAGGGAAGCGGGGCCUGUUUCCUAACAACCACGUCAGCAAGAUCUAGAUCUGCUGUAUCCCGUGGAACACCCUAAAGAGGGAACCAGAACAGAUCCAGAACCUCCAAUCAAAUGGAAAGGCAGAGAAUGCGAUCCUCCCCGUGUUGCACGGUAUUAUUCCGGCGGUGCUGGAGCGGUUGGCAGCUGGAGCCCAAAGGUGUCUCUCAGUCUGAUGAAUGCAACACAGUCCUUCUAAGCCAAGGAUGUAAAUGACUAAGGAAGGAAAAUGAAGCACAGGCUACCAUUGUGCCUCACUCCUCAUCUUCUAUGGACACAAUUGUCACUAAAAUGGGGAUUUGCUGGCAUUCAAUAAAAAGCAACAGUCCUGA